CACUCUUUCUCAUUUACCUCGCUUUAUUGUUACCCAAGCCCGACGAGUGGCAAAGCGCAUCUUUUGAAAUGAUUGCAAAGUUAGACAGCAUGCUUCUGCCCAGAAAAAAGUUCCUCUAUCAUUAUAAGAAUGUACGCUGGGCGAGGGGCCGGCAUGAGACAUAUCUCUGCUUUGUAGUGAAAAAACGAGUGGGCCCAGACUCCUUGUCCUUUGACUUUGGACACCUCCGCAAUCGGAAUGGCUGCCAUGUAGAGCUGCUGUUCCUGCGCUACCUGAGUGCAUUAUGCCCUGGUCUGUGUGGGUAUGGAGCUCCUGGCGAGAGGAGGGUCAGCUACUCCAUCACCUGGUUCUGCUCCUGGUCUCCCUGUGCUAACUGCUCUUCCAGACUAGCCCAGUUCCUCGGACGGACACCCAACCUUCGCCUCAGGCUCUUUGUCUCUCGCCUUUACUUCUGUGACAUGGAGGACAGCCGCGAAAGAGAGGGUCUAAGGCUGCUGAAAAAAGCCGGGGUGCACAUCACAGUCAUGAGUUACAAAGACUUCUUCUACUGCUGGGAGACCUUUGUGGCUCGUCAACAAAGCAAAUUUAAGCCCUGGGAUGAUCUGCAUCAAAACUCAGUUCGCCUAGCCAGAAAACUCAACCGCAUCCUCCAGCCCUGUGAGACAGAAGAUUUAAGAGAUGCCUUCAAGCUUCUUGGACUGUGAAACAAACCUGUGGCUGCCUCUGAAGUUAGCAUUAAGUCUAUUAUUAAGUCAGACGAGAAAAAGAUAUGUUGGUGUUGGACCAUCACUACAAGUGUUAAACUGAGAAUAAAAAAAAAACUGAGAAAAAUGAUAAUAUGCUUUCAACUUGUGGCAAGGCUUUAACAUUAGGUAGGUCCUGCUUGCUGUGUCUGUAGC